AUUUCAUGCUUUUAUCACUCUUGUCACGAACGCGUUGUUAAGCCACCUGACUAAUAGGGGCGGGGACUCAUACUAAUUUGGGACAGUUUCAAUGGGCCAAAUAUGCUCUCGUGAGGAUUUGUGUGAGGCACGCUAGAUGUAUAAAGAAUCUGUUUUUGAAUUACCUGCGUGUUGAAAACGGUUUAGCAUGUGACUUUCCACCCAUAUGCUGUAUAGGGACUAAAAGUCGCCUCUCCAAGAAGUUCUUACAGAUGCUACUGAGGCUUGAAGAGUCACAGAAGGAUAAUCAUGGUGAUUCUUUCGGACCGUUGCGACUCGGGAACUCAUCAUGAGCGACCGCUUCAAGUUGGCUUCUAUGAGAUCCUUAAGACGUUGGGAAAAGGGACCUUUGCCGUGGUAAAACUGGCAAGACAUAAAGUCACCAAAACUCAGGUUGCCAUAAAGAUUAUUGACAAAACUAGAUUAGACUCUUCGGAUCUGGAGAAAAUCAACAGAGAGGUUCAAAUCAUGAAACUACUGAACCACCCUCAUAUCAUCAAACUCUACCAGGUCAUGGAGACUAAAGAUAUGUUGUACAUUGUGACAGAAUAUGCACAAAAUGGUGAAAUGUUUGACUAUCUGACGUCUGUUGGCCGCCUUGCGGAGGUGGAGGCUCGUAGAAAGUUCUGGCAGAUAGUGAAUGCUGUUGAGUACUGUCACCAACAUCACAUCAUCCACCGUGACCUGAAGGCAGAGAACCUGCUGCUGGACGCCAACAUGAACGUUAAACUGGCAGGUGAGCUGCUGGAGCAAGAGAGGCGCCGCAUUUGAAAAGGAAGUUUCUGUUCCUUGAGGCACUCUCACUGUUUCUCUCUUGUGUGUAUGUGCAAUGGGGUAAGAGGGAGGAACAGCUGGAGAAUCUACAUGUGUGUCCAUGGUUCUGUUCCCUGAAGUAUUCUGUACUUGUUGGGAGUGUCAUGUUACACAGCCCUAUUGUUAAAGAUCUGGGUUGUGUAUCUCAGUUAAGGUAUCUCUUAGCGUUCUACGAAGACUCAAAAGGCAUAACUGACUAAAGAUGCUUAGUUUUCUACGAGUGUUUCCCAAAACCAUCUCUUAGAAGCUCCCUUCAGAGAAACCUUCUUACAUAUAUCUUAAGAGGCUGAAUCCAUGUAUCCAGAAUCGAUUAUUGUCAGGCAUGAAGAUUGAUCAUGCCUGAGAUGAGUAUG